UGCCCUAAUUUCGCUUACACAUCAAAGUAAGGAAACAAAGAUAAGGCAUUUUCAUUUCGAAAACUUCACUGUACUUUUACUUUAAUCCAGUUCUCACAUGGUUGCUCCUUCCUCAAUCCUUUAUAUCAAUACUUGAGAUUCUUUUCUGGGUUUUCACUUUGACGAGUUCGUAGUUAUUCUAGUGCUACUACCUCAAUGUACACCAACAUCUCCAAAGUCCAGGCAUUUCCUUUUGCCGCUAAAAUCUCUUCGCAACCCAAAUGCUUCACUUCACCCAACGCCUUAAGGUCUCUAUCUUUACCGCUUGCUUAUCAUCAAAACCACAUCUUAAUGAUCCCCACUUCACAUAAAUUUGGAACCUCGGAAGUGUGGAAGUCAGCAAAUCCGUACGGCUUUAUGCUACAAAUUGCUAGAAGAUAUUAUAGGUCAAGAAGUGGCGAAAAACAACUUCCUUGGUUAGAAGUGGCUAAUGAGGUUCAGGGAGAAGGUAAGGUGGUGGAGAAAGCAAAGAUGACUAGGAUUAGUGGCUCUAUUCAGGAGGGUUCAGCAAAGAAGGUGAGUGGUAAGUCCUCUUGGGAACAAUCCAUUAAAAGGUUAGAUAAAAGCCAUAAAACAACAAUUCCAGAAAUUAAGCCGAGAUCAGCAACAGCUGCAACAUUUUCUAUGAAAGGCGGUGCAUCGACAGCUGCUAGUAAGGAAAGGAAGAGUGGAUUGGUUGAGAAGGCUGGAGAGCACAGGAGUGAUUAUGGCAAAAGGUAUGUGAAGUAUGAUGAUAGUGACGAGGAAGAAGUUGAUGAUGAAAUGGGGGAGGAGAUUGAGGAUCAAAGGUGGGAUAACAUAAAGAAUAGGUUCAAGGGGACGGUGGGGGCAAAGGUUGGAAUGGAGAGACCCGAGUUUCGAAGAUGGAAUAAGCAGGAGAACUGGGGUAGAAAGACAUGGAAAGAGGCCUCUGAAUCUACUGUGCCUAAGAUUGUUGGUGAAGGGAUUUAUGGGGUUGGUCCAGUUUUGGCUGCAUUGUCAGCUGAUCGAAGGGAAUUCUAUGCAUUGUAUGUUCAAGAAGGAUUGGAUUUGAGUAGCAAUAAUAGGAAGAAGAAGGACAAGAAAGGCUUUGAAAGAGUUCUAAAGAUUGCUGAGAAGCUAGAUUUGAGUGUAAAAGAAGCAUCAAAACAUGAUCUGAAUAUGGUGGUUGAUAACCGUCCUCAUCAGGGUUUGGUUUUAGAUGCUUCACCACUAGAGAUGGUGAAAAUAAAGGAACUGGACCCUGUUUCUGUUGAUGAAGGGAAGGGUUCCCUUUGGAUAGCCUUGGAUGAGGUUACUGAUCCACAGAAUUUAGGGGCAAUAAUUAGGUCUUCAUACUAUUUUGGAGCUUCUGGGGUAGUGUUAUGUGCCAAGAAUUCAGCCCCAUUGAGUGGUGUUGUGAGCAAAGCAAGUGCAGGCUCUCUUGAGUUAAUGGAACUUAGAUAUUGCAAGAAUAUGAUGCAAUUCUUGGUGUCUUCAGCUGAAAAUGGUUGGCGGGUUCUUGGGGGCUCUGUCUCCUCCAAAGCUAUUUCUUUGGAUGAGGUUGUACCAGGUCCGCCUACUAUUCUUGUUUUGGGCAGCGAGGGCACUGGUUUGAGACCAUUGGUGGAGAGAUCAUGCACUCAGUUAGUUAGGAUUCCUGGGAACAUUCCUCUCGACCCAAAUACUAGUGAAUUGGAUGGUGAAAGUAAUGAUUUGAAUGCUCAGAGCUCUGGUAGAGAGUUUCUAUCAUUUUUGGCCGUGGAAAGCUUAAAUGUUAGUGUUGCAGCAGGUGUACUUGUUCACCAUUUAAUCGGGAAGAAGUUAGUGGAUUCAUUACCAGAGGUCAAUAAACAGAUUGACGUGUCUGAGUGAGACUGCAUUGCCUCAAUUUAUUUAGUUCUAUCUUACUUAUUGUUUGCCGAUGGAUCACAGCUUUUACUUCUUUGAAUACAGUGUAAUUCCUCCUUCUUCAUUACUUGAUUAUGUAUUCAUAAUACAAUCAUGUAAGAAAGUUGAUCUGUCCUGCCGUGGAGUCGGCUCACAAAUUUUGACUGCAAUAUAACUUGAAGGCUAAAUAUACUUUACAUAAUUAUUCAAAUGAAGGAAAAUUGAUCAAUUAAAUAAAAAA